AUGCCAAGCAACUACAGCAGUUUUCCCCGCCGCGGUGAUGGAUAUGACAACGGUCGCGGUGGAUACGGCGGUGGUCGCGGUGGAUACGAUAGUGGUCGCGGUGGAUACGAUAGUGGUCGCGGUGGACAUGAUAGUGGAUAUGAUUGUCUAGAACUACGAGUAAGCGAAAUUCAGUCUAGCGCUAGCAUGACUGAAUUAAAAGAGUUUUUCUCCGGUUACGGCCAUCUGCAUAAAAUCAUCAUGGACACGAGAGAAUCAGGUACUAUCUUCACCGGGACAGCAUACAUUACUUACAAACCUCCACCAGAAACGAAGUUUUGGAAACAGAAUCCAAGAUUCCAUGGCAAGCAAUUGCGGAUAAAGAUCCUCAACCACGAAGACGAUCGGCAAGGCUUCUCAAGAGAAGGCGGAAGUCAAGAUUUCCUACCGGCCAAGUCUUUGGAAAUGGGAGUGUUCUAUAAAGUGAACACCUUUGUUAGAGAGUGGGAAAUAGGCAAGGACAUAAAGUUCAAGUUUAAUUACGCAAGACGGCGUUUUGAAAUCGAAUUUGGUUUCACUGGGGCGAACGGAAACAAGACGUAUAGACUCCGAUUGGAAACCUAUUUCGACGACGUCGAGGGUGAGUUCCAUACAGAACUCGAUAGACAGAAGAAUCAAAUAUGUGCGAUAACUACAAUACGGACCAAAUUUCCACCAAGACUACAUUUCCUGGACGAGAGACUUGGGAUGAGAAAUCAGUUUGAAUGGAAUUCGACGGAGUGCUGGAUGAGGAUGACGGCCCUCCGGGUAAGGAAGCCUAGCAACGAAGAGACGCAACAGCCGACGAUGCCUUCAUAUCCAAACGCUACAGGUGAAGAUUUUGGAAGAUGGUUUGCGUAUAGGAUUACGUUCAUUUUUGACCAGAAUCAAGAAUUCAACAAGCUUAAAAAAAUGUUUUUCAAAGCUGCUGAUUACAAUAUUGUAUCAAGGAAAGAAAUGUUUUCCAGAUACAUAACGACGGCUGAUGGAAGCAACCUGAAAAAAUAUGUUGAUAGGUCAAUGCUGGACUUUGAUGUACUUUAUAUGUUGGAAUGUAAUAUUACGCAUGGUUACUUACAUGAUUACAAUCUCAAUGACGAAUUCAUGGACUUGCUUGCUCAACAAAAGAAAGAGACAGCUCUUACCAUUUUAGAUAACUUCCAUCAACGUAAACAGAGACUUUAUGAUCCUCUUUCUCACUUGAUGUUUGAAGUUGCGAAGCUUCAAGGCGGUGACAGUCGGCAAGAGACGGUACCCUCGUCCUGUGUCAUGAUGCGAAAAGUUGUUAUCACCCCUUCUAAAAUGUAUAUAUUACCGCCAACUAUGGAGCCUAGCAAUAGGACCAUAAGGUAUUUUGAAGACCACAAGGAACGUUUCCUAAGAGUCCAAUUCAAUGACGAAAAUGGAAAACUUACAUCUUCGAAUGGAGAUAACCAUAUAUCAACCUUAAAUCGGGUUCACCUGGACGGCUAUGAACUAUAUGUGGAAGACGCUCGUGUUACGAAACGUGCAUAUGAUGCAGACGUACGCGGUCUGAUGAAUCAAUAUGGUGUUAUGACUGAAUACGAGGUUGUCAGUGGAUUCAUAUUCAACGCUAUCGUAAAUAUGGAGCGUAAGAAGCUGCGAGAAAUACAGAGAGCGGUCAGUGAAGUGAUGGCUGAGAUUCGACGUAAUUACCGCCAAAAAUUUGAGGAGGACAUCUUUGCCGAAUAUUCUAUAAAAUCAGCAGCCGAGGCUAAAAACCAGGUGAAUAUUAAGAGCAAACUGGAAGCUAAGGCCUGUGCUUGGUAUUAUGUUACUUACCAUCAUCACGAGAGAGGCGAUUACCGUAAUGAGAACAUGAUGUCCUUUCCAUGGACAGUUGACGACUAUCUGUGUGACAUAGCUAGAAUGAAUACAUCGACAUGA